AUGAAGGAAGUUCAGAAAGGAUCACAUGUAGUUAUAAAAGAAGUUCAGAAAGGAUCACAUGUAGUUAUAAAAGAAGUUCAGAAAGGAUCACAUGUAGUUAUAAAAGAAGUUCAGAAAGGAUCACAUGUAGUUAUAAAAGAAGUUCAGAAAGGAUCACAUGUAGUUAUAAAAGAAGUUCAGAAAGGAUCACAUGUAGUUAUAAAAGAAGUUCAAAAAGGAUCACAUAUGAAAUCUGCUGAACAAGACUAUUGCUUCAGACCAAGAACCUCAACUCCUAUAGAUUUUUGCAUGGAAGAUGAGAUACCUCAUCAUUAUUUAAGUCUUUCUCAAAGUAAUAUUGCUGAAAAUAAAUAUGAAAUUCCUAGGAUGGAAUCAUUACCAGCUUCUCCUAUAAAUAGUAGAAAGAAAUCUGCCUACAUGUCAUCCCAGGCUAGUGAUAAGCCUCACAAUAUGGAAGGAAUAGCAGUAAAAAGAUGUCGUUCUAGAAUCAAGCAAGGUGGUGUCUGUUGUGAACACUGUAAUAGUUGUUUAAUUGAGUUAAAGAGACAAGCUCUCAGGAUUAUGUUUCCAGGCGACUCAGGAUUAAGAAUGAUGGACAAAGAUUCUUGA